AUGAGCCAUCGUCCAUCGACUGAAUUCAAAUCGUUCUCCGAGGACCAUCCCGGUGAACAGUGCAUCGUGAUGAAAGGGAGGUUUGGAGAAGACGAAACAAUCAAAAUGGAAGCGACCAUGUUUGAUGGGUUUAUGUAUGUUCUAAGAACCGGUUUAGAUGCUUCAGGAAGCGAUAUCCGUCUCCACAUUAGCUUGCUUGUCAACAUUAGCAAGGCUGAUGGAAAUGACGAGAUGGAGUUCCUCUGCUCCGUCUGGCCUAACCGCAUCGAAAUUCAAAACCUUUACAUGCUUAGAAGCAACAAAAGUUUGAAGUAUGAUUUUCAGACGGCGGUUAAAGAGUUUUUGCGAGUAAGAGGAAUCUACGGGGAGCUUUGCUUUUUCUUGCAUGAGUAUAUGAUGAACAAGGAUAGGAUUGAGCUCAUCAAUGGUUGA